AUGGUCUUGUCGGCUGUUGCGAAAAGGAAAUUGAAAUUGAAUUUAGACGCGGAGAUUGAGGCGAGUGGUAGCGGCAGUGGGCAGUCUUCCCAGCAUUCGCAUUCCUCCCCACCUACUGACAUUCAGCACUCCGCCGACUCCCACGAUAUCGCUAUCAAUGCCUUUUUUCACGAUGCUGAUAUCCAGCAGACGCAGCGGGAGUGGGAGCUUGAACAGGAGAAUAUUGAGCAGCUUAAGCACACUCGUAACUCAAGGAAGAAGCUCAAGCCAUCGUCUGCAGAUGCAGCUAUAGCAGCUGCUACAGACACAGCUACAGAAAAGACGCGCAAGUACAAGCGCAAGCAGAAGCAGAAAGCACAACACUACGACUACAACUGUGUUUCCAACUUUGCUACCUGCUCCGCGACGACGUUUUUCGGCGACAGAUAUAUCCUCGUCGGGUUCGAUGCUCAUGCGACACUGAUCCUCGCUGGUAAAUUCACUCUUCAAGUGCUUAAAGGCACAUUGUCUAUCCUGGGCGCUAGGAUAGGCGCGUCGGUGCAACACCACCGCAUUUAUGCCCCUACUUGCUAUCCACUCCCGACACUCUCGAGUGGAGAUAGCAGUGGAAAUGGUGACAGCCUCGCCAUAGACUCUGACUCCGUACCACCGUCUCUCGCUCACAACCAACUCGUCGUCCGCCUCUCACCUCUCGACGAUGGGUUAGAGGGGCUAGGCAACGCUCUACCGGAUUUCAGACACGCAUUUGCAUCCCCCUACGCCGGUGUGUAUGACGGUUGGAGGGUAGUGGAAGGAAUGUAUCCGAUACUCGAAUCGACGCCAAAUACCUACGCUUUCCUCACACCACCCUCGUGGACAAGUGCAGCGACGCAAAUCGCCCGCAACGCCUUCCAUUCUCCACAGCCUUACAUUGCUAUAGUCAAAGGAGGUAGGAAUACGGGAAAGAGUGCAUUUUCGCGCUAUUUGUGCAAUGCUUUGCGUGGUGAGGCGACCCACGCUAAUGUUGCUUACCUCGAAUGCGACGUAGGUCAGUCCGAGUUCAUGCCUUCUGGCUGCGUUUCUCUCCAUCUCAUCGAUGAAUUUUUAUUGGGCCCUCCAUUCACGCACCCCCGCAUACCGUCAAAAGCACACUUCGUAGGCGAACUCUCCCCAGCGAACGACCCAGUUGGCUAUAUCGACGCUGUGCGCGAUUUGAUUGAGUUUUAUCAGAGAGAAAUUGCUCACUCACAUGCACAUCACACUCACAACUACACACCCAUACCCCUCAUCAUUAACACGCAGGGAUGGGUCAAGGGCCUCGGUGCGGAAAUGUUACAGGGUAUUUGCGAUGCUGCUGGGAUAUUUGAGUUGAUUGAAAUGUCCCAGUCUGUUUCAGCUGCAGAGGAGGGUGUGGAAGAUGACACUUACGCUGACAAUCACGCUGAUAUUCCCGCAAAUGAGGAUAUCAGCACCCCCGCUCGCAACGUGAACCACAUGAUCAUUGAUGCUAUCGCUACCGCUGAUAACCCUAUGCUCAGUAGGUAUCACUCGGCUGACUAUAGGAAUUUGAGCAUGACGACGUAUUUCCAUGCCAACAUUCCAGAGAAGGCUGAAAAUGUCCCCAAUAACUCUCCCACUCAAAUCUCUGACGUGCGGUGGGAUUUCUCCAAACCACUCACCCACUUCACACCCCUCACCGUCGAUUACGCCAACGACCUAGCGUACGUGUGUAUACUGCAUGGGGAAGAUGUUAUCUACGAGCACACGCUAAUGGCGAUGAAUGCAUCUGUCGUAGCGCUCAUGGAAGGGCAUGUUGAGGGCGUAUGUGAGGGUGGCAUAGAGGCCGACGAGAGGCUAACACGACGCGAUAAUCUUCUCACCCAUAAAGACUCGCGCGUGUUGGGAUAUGGACUUAUACGCGCAGUGGACAGCUCAGUCAACCAACUCCAACUACUCACACCACUCACACCCAAAACUUGCAGACGCGUACAUGUCCUCGCAAAGGGUAAAGUAGACCUGCCUAUUUAUGCCUCUCUUGACUGGACAAAAGAGGUAAUGGAUUAUGGCUCUAUCCCGUAUAUCACUAACGAGGCUACUGUCGGUGAAGGAGCGCAGAAGCGUAAAGUGCGUAGGGAUAUCCAACGCAAGCCUGGUAGUAGUGGUAAUAAUACUUGA